AUGCCGAGCCGACUCAUAUGUUCCGCUGCAUAUCGCGAAAUCAUGCAGCCAAUACUUUCCCGUGCUCGACUACUGCCGACUGUUCGUGCGUGCGAUCCGUGCCUUCCAGGAUGGGGGGUACUGCAAUCGUGCAACGAGACUCACGCCACUGUGUGUCAACCUUGUGCUGUGGGAACGUGGUCGCCGAAUCAUCCGCACCUGAAGCAGUGUCGUCUGUGUAGCCGCUGUGGUCCGGGCUUAUACGAAGACUACGCAUGUACCUCAACGCGCGACACGAAGUGCGAUUCCUGCUUGAACUCAAAAGGAAGGGUAAACUCCGACUAUUACCGAAAAUGCGGCGACCAGGAAGAGCCGAAUAUCAAAGACAUUUCUUACGGCCCAGCGGAUUCUUUGAACAUCGAUGAUUCCUUAAUCACCGACAAUUCGGAGAGUGCUGAAAUCCUGGACGACAGUGACAAUGAUAACGACAACGAAUAUCAGCUAGACACUCGCGAUGCCGCAUGGCGUGAUUUCAAUCGCAACUUCUUCCAUCCUCAUUCUGAGGCGGAUAAGACUCAGAAGGUUGAGGACAACUUCAACGAAUAUUACGAGCGUAAUCGCCUAAGGAGCCUGAAAUUCAAGGCUGAUUCGUCUGCUGUUUCA